AUGAGCAUCAAUUCAUCCUCCACCGAGCAACCUCCACCAGAGCUCCUCGACAAACCCCAACUCGAAAAAGCCAUCACAACAUCACAAUGGCACCUCACCCCCGAACUCCAAGCGAUGCGCGACCGCGACGAAGAAAUCGGUCAAAAGCCCCGCAAACUAGGCGUUACCUGGCAAAAUCUUACCGUCAAAGGCAUUGGCAGCGAGGCAGCGUUCAAUGAAAACGUACUCUCCCAAUUCAACCCUUUUCAAUCUGGUGCAAAAGACGCUCCCAUGAAGACCAUUAUUGAUGGUUCCCACGGUUGUGUCAAGCCCGGCGAAAUGUUGCUUGUUCUUGGACGGCCUGGGAGUGGAUGCACUACACUCUUGAGCGUUCUCGCAAAUAAUCGCCGGGGGUAUGAAGAAGUCGCCGGCGAUGUUCAUUACGGUAACAUGUCUCAUGAAGAAGCCAAGGCUUAUCAAGGACAAAUCGUCAUGAAUACCGAAGAAGAGAUCUUCUUCCCAAGUUUGACAGUGGAAGCAACAGUCGAUUUCGCCUCGCGAAUGAAAGUCCCCUUCCAUUUACCCCCCGGUAUCAAGACCCAAGAAGAAUACGCUCAAUUCUACAAAGACUUUCUCCUACGAUCCGUCAACAUCUCCCACACAGCGCACACCAAAGUCGGCGACGCCUUUAUCCGCGGUGUCUCUGGCGGCGAACGCAAACGUGUGUCUAUUGUCGAGUGUCUUACCACACGAGCCAGUGUGUUUUGCUGGGAUAACUCCACUCGUGGUCUUGACGCCAGCACUGCACUAGAAUGGGUCAGAGCUAUUCGAGCUAUGACUGACAUUCUUGGUCUUACGACGAUUGUCACGCUGUACCAGGCUGGAAACGGCAUCUAUGAGCAUUUCGAUAAGGUCCUUGUCCUAGAUGAAGGGAAGCAGAUCUUUUAUGGCCCUCAGCGAGAAGCUGUUCCAUUCAUGGAAGAUCUUGGGUUUCUCAGAGCAUCUGGGUCGAACAAGGGAGACUUUCUCACGGGCGUCACUGUGCCGACGGAGAGGCGUGUUGCGACAGGGUAUGAGAAUACCUUCCCUCGUGAUGCAGACGGUGUUCGCGCUGCUUAUGAUCGGUCGGUCAUUAAAUCGAGGAUGAUUGAGGAGUGUCAGGCAUACCCGAUCAGUACCGAAGCAUCUCAAAACGCCACCAUAUUCAAAGAAAUGGUAGCCCGCGAGAAGCACAAGUUUGUACCCGCCAACUCCCUUACCACUGCCAACUUGUUCAUGCAAGUCCAAGCAGCUGUUACGAGACAGUAUCAAAUCAUGUGGGGUGACAAGUCAACACUUUUCAUGAAGCAAGGCGCGACUCUGAUCCAGGCCUUCCUCGGUGGAUCCCUGUUCUACUCUGCGCCGGAUAACUCAGCCGGUCUUUUCCUCAAAGGCGGUGCUUUGUUCUUUUCCAUCCUGUACAAUGCCCUGUUGGCCUUGUCAGAAGUCACGGAUUCCUUCACUGGAAGACCUAUCCUUGCGAAACAUCGAUCUUUUGCACUCUAUAAUCCCGCCGCUGUUUGUAUCGCGCAAGUCAUCGCCGAUUUACCCAUUUUGGCUUUCCAGGUCAUUCAGUUCGGUCUUGUCCUUUACUUCCUCGUUGGUCUGAAGGCUACUGCCGGUGCAUUCUUCACAUAUCUUGCCAUCAACUACAUCACUGCUUUGACCAUGACAGCCUUUUUCCGCUUCAUCGGCGCUGCGUUCCCCACCUUUGACGCUGCUACAAAAGUCUCUGGUCUCUCUAUCGUUGGGUUGUUUGUAUACAUGGGAUACAUGAUCAUCAAGACUGAGAUGCAUCCCUGGCUGUCUUGGAUCUUCUGGAUCAACCCAAUGGCUUACGGUUUUGAAGCUCUUCUUGGCAACGAGUUCCAUGAUCAAGAAAUUCCUUGUGUUGGUCCCUAUCUCAUCCCCAACGGCCCUGGUUAUGUCGGAGGCACUGGAGGUCAGGCAUGCUCUGGUGUAGGAGGUGCCGAACCCGGUGCAGCAUUUACUACCGGCGAUGCUUACCUUUCACACAUGUCCUUCGAUCACAGCCACAUCUGGCGUAACUUUGGCAUCAACUGCGCGUGGUGGAUUCUCUUCGUUGGCCUCACUAUCUUCUUCACCUCGCGAUGGAAGCAAGUCGGCGAAGGUAGUCGAAACCUCCUCAUUCCUCGAGAACAACAGCACAAGUCCAAGCAUCUUCUUCCAUCCAAGGAUAGCGAAACUCCAAAUGAGAAGACGCGCGCUGAGAAUGGAUCUGGAGCUUCUGAUGGCGAAGUUGACACAAACCUCAUGCGCAACAAGAGCAUCUUUACUUGGAAGAACUUGACAUACACUGUCAAAACCUCAGACGGCGACCGUGUCCUCCUUGAUAAUGUGCAAGGCUAUGUCAAACCUGGUAUGCUUGGCGCUUUGAUGGGAUCUUCAGGUGCAGGCAAAACAACACUCCUCGACGUCCUCGCACAACGAAAAACAGAAGGAUCAAUCCACGGAUCAGUCUUAGUCGACGGUCGACCUAUUCCUGUGUCCUUUCAACGAUCAGCUGGCUAUGUCGAACAACUGGAUAUCCACGAGCCUCUGGCAACCGUUCGCGAAGCCCUCGAAUUUUCUGCUCUAUUACGCCAGUCUCGCGAUAUACCAACUGAAGAAAAGCUGCGUUAUGUUGAUACUAUUGUCGAUCUUUUGGAGCUGAACGAUCUCGAACACACGCUUGUCGGUCGACCUGGAAACGGCUUGUCAAUCGAACAACGCAAACGUCUCACCAUCGCUGUUGAAUUGGUAGCCAAGCCUAGCAUUCUCAUCUUUCUCGAUGAACCGACAAGUGGCCUCGACGGUCAAGCCGCCUUCAAUACGGUACGUUUCCUUCGCAAGCUAUCUGCAGCUGGACAGGCUGUUCUGGUGACAAUUCAUCAGCCAUCAGCACAGUUGUUUGCUCAAUUCGAUACUCUGUUACUCCUGGCAAAAGGCGGAAAAACUGUGUACUUUGGUGACAUUGGUGACAAUGCUGCGACUGUGAAGCAGUACUUUGGUCGUUACGGAGCACCUUGCCCAUCUGAAGCCAAUCCCGCCGAGCACAUGAUCGAUGUCGUAUCGGGUGGAGAUGGACCGUAUAAGGAUACAGAUUGGAACCAAGUUUGGCUGAAAUCACCGGAACACGACCAGCUCACGAAAGACUUGGACCACAUGAUCGAAGUAGCUGCAUCCGAACCAUCACAUCUCAAGGACGACGGCAACGAAUUCGCAGCUCCAAUGUGGACCCAAGUCAAGCUUGUAACGCACCGAAUGAACAUCUCUCUCUUCCGAAACACCGAGUACAUCGACAACAAAGUCGCCAUGCAUAUCCUCCUUCCACUCCUCAAUGGGUUUACAUUUUGGCAGAUUGGUGACAGUCUUACGGAUCUCCAGCAGAACUUGUUUACAGUGUUCAACUUCAUCUUUAUUGCCCCGGGUAUCAUUUCGCAAUUGCAACCUUUGUUUAUUGAUCGAAGGGACAUCUAUGAGGCGAGGGAGAAGAAGAGCAAGAUGUAUCAUUGGGCACCGUUUGUUACUGGUCUGAUUGUAUCAGAGCUUCCGUACUUGCUUGUUUGUGCGGUGUUGUAUUUUGUUUGUUGGUACUUCACUGCUGGACUUCCUACUGGUGCUAGUCACGCAGGCAGUGUAUUCUUUGUCGUGGUCAUGUACGAAGGCUUGUAUACUGGCAUCGGUCAGAUGAUUGCUGCGUAUACCCCCAAUGCCGUCUUUGCGUCGCUCGUUAAUCCUCUGGUGAUCACCACUCUUGUCUCAUUCUGCGGCGUCAUGGUACCUUACAGUCAGAUUGUACCAUUCUGGCGAUACUGGAUGUACUUUAUCGAUCCCUUCAAUUACCUCAUGAGUUCACUCCUCGUGUUCACAACCUGGGACAAACCUGUCCACUGCAAGCCCGAAGAGCUCGCCGUCUUCGACCCUCCUUCCAACAUGACCUGCUCCGAGUACCUCUUCGACUACCAGAGUGGUAUGGGUAUGGCUACCAACCUUCUCAACCCAGAUGCCUCUUCAUCUUGCCAAGUGUGUCAAUACACGUCGGGGGCGGAUUAUCUUCGAUCGCUAAACCUCAAGGAAGAAUACUAUGGAUGGAGGAAUGCAGGAAUUGUUGUUGUGUUUGUUAUUGGUAUUUAUGGGCUCGUCUAUUUCAUGAUGAAGCUCAGGACCAAGGCUACUAAGAAGGCGGAGUCUUAG